CGUCAGCCCGGGCACCACAGCCUCCAUCGCCACUGGUCUCUGCGAAGCACUCAAAGAAACAAGCAGACAUGGCUCCUUUUGAGAAAUCUAUGGAAACGGUGCCCUUCAAGCAGAGGAAAUGCCUUGCAACAAGAAAAAACGAAGUUUGCAGCAUUCGAUCUAAAUUCCCCAACAAGCUACCUGUGAUUGUAGAACGCUAUAUCCGUGAAAAGACUCUCCCCCUGUUGGACAAAACAAAGUUUCUGGUUCCCUAUGAGCUCACCUUGGGCCAGUUCCUCUGCCUGCUCAGGAAUAAAAUUGCUCUGGACUCCACCCAGGCUCUGUUCCUCCUGGUGGCAGAGAAGAGCAUGUCCUGCAUGUCCUCCAGCAUGGGGGAGGUGUAUUCCCACCACAGAGAUGCCGAUGGCUUCCUCUACAUCACCUAUGCCUCACAGGAAAUGUUUGGAGCUCCUCUGCAAGGAGCCAGGCCGCCCCACUGAGCCAAAAAACUGAUCAAAUGAACUGAAUCAUGACCAGUGGACACACCACACAA